UUAUACGAACAGGUGUUAGACAGUGACCACCGUAUUGGGACCUAUGAGUUGUCAACACUGAUAAAAUUUAUACGGGAACAUCUUGGUAUAAAUUGGUUUCCCGAGGACAUUCCAGUGGAAGUGGUUGAACCUGUCAUCCACUAUGGGUACCGGAACCGAUAAUGCGUCUGAAGUCCUCAGAUGGACCCAUAUCCAUCCAUAACGUCAACGAUGUACUCAACUCACCGAAGAGGAUCAACACCUUGCAUAAUAGCAACAUAACCUCGAACCUAACAACAAAUUCUAACCUCACAUUCGAAAACUCGAACCGCAAUGCUGAAACUACGACUGAUCUGACAACGAACAACAUCCAUAGUUUCCACACCCUGAACAACGUUCACAACGAGGCAGUCAAGGUGCAAUGGUCCAAAUCUGCACGGGAGAAGCAGCUAGAGCUCAGCAACAACGCGAACAAUCAGCAGAGGAAUCAGUACACGAAUAUCAACAACACGCUGGCUGCUUCUCUGAGAAACACCAACCAAGCGAGGAGGGGCAAAACUACUUCUGUCUACUCGGAGUCUUCGCCAGAUGAUAGCUUUUUCGAUUACGAAGAAGCAAAUCAGAGCGCAUCUUCCGUGGAUACAUCGCCCCAAGAUGAAGAAAGAGAUUUCGACAUCUCCGACUCUGAAUCAAUCUCAGACGAGAGCAAUCUAAAUAAACAAAGACGUCACAAAACUGUGAUACAGCGAAGGGGUAUUGUAAACCCGAAUUAUCCAGGGUUCCAACACUUCGCCCACGCCCUAGACUAUACCAUCAAGGUUUCCUCCGACACUGAUCUUACUGACGACGACUAUGAGUGUGAGCUGGUUGGUACGGAGAAUAGGCCGCAGUUUAUUGAAAAGAGUGAUGAUAUCAACAACAUCAACAAUAAUAACAUUGAAGAAACGGAAGAAUUUCAAAUAGAUAAGAUUGACAGCGUCAACCGAUUGGACAGCGUUGAAAACAUUCAGAAAGUCUUCUAUGAUAAACCAGUGCUCAAUUUAGACUGUGAAAAUUUAAACCAGAAUUUUUCAGAAAGUAGUUCCAACAACUCGACCCAGGUUAGUGAUGAAGACACCAUUGAAAAAGUACCUUUUCAAAAGUUUGAGGUCCAACUGAACAUAAAAGCGGAGGAAGUAACGUAUAAAUGUGCUGCCUUCAAUGAAAUUAACAUUAAGAACGCAUCCAACGAAGCUCAGCCAAGCAGCCAGGAAUUACCGGAUAUAACCUCAGAAAAUAUCGUUGGAGAUUUCGGAAGGGAAGUUGAAGAUGAAUUCGGUCGUAUAGCCUCAGAAAAUACUAGUUUUUUCGCUAACACUGAUCCAGAAGACAUUCAAUUUGACUUCAAGGUAAGCUUCGAGCCUUCUUGGGAACGUGCAGUUGUUCAAGAGAUCGAAGAAGCUAUUGGAAAGCUCACGGAACUGUUAGACUUCGAACCAACAGCUAACACAUACCAGUACGAACCAAAUACUGAAGAACCAUUCACCAAAUGUCAACCGGUCAACCAGAAUCACACUGAAGAAAGUGAGGUGACAAUCGAUAAUGAACUUAAAGAAGCUUCGAUCUCGGAACAUCUGGAUGAAACUCCUGAUGAGCAACCGGCUGAAUACAUCGAUUUUGAGCCUAAACCACAGGAAUUCAAGCUCGAGGAAAUAAUCGAAGAAACCCUCAACAGGCUAUCAGAUUGCAAAGAGAAUACUCCACCAGUUAUCCUUCAAGACUCUGAAAUCGUACAAGCCACCAUGACGACUGUCGUACAGGAUAACAAAAUUUUGGAGGGCAUCAAAGACAACGCAGAUCUGAAGACCAAGAUGGCACCCACAGCGACUGGAUUGACUGAAAAGAAAGGGAAAAUCAGAGAUUAUGAAAAAAUGGAGGUAGAGUCCGAAAUAAACGAGUUGAAACGUGAUUCUAACAGGCAGUUAGAGGAAAUAGAGUGCCAAAUCAAGAAGAUGAAGUCAGAUACCACCUUAAGUCCAAAGAGUGAAGAAGAAAUGGAGAAGUUCUGCAAGGAGGACAGAACGAAGGAAUUCAAGGAGAAAGAAGUGGACACUGUUGUGAAAAGGAGGGAAAGAAGUGACGGUGUGGUUAGGAGAAGGAAGGAUUAUAACCAGCAGUUCGGUAGUUUGAUUCAGUUUCCAAGGAAGGAAGGUGUUGGCAAACAUGCAGCUAAUAGGAGAUCGGUUCCUGCUGCCAAAGAGAAGAAGAAAACUCAUUCAGAUCAUUUGGGUAGCUUCGAUGUCUAUAAUAUCGAGACUGCCAUGCCUAAAAUUGAUAUGGAGGCUAUUGAGCUGCACCUCAAGGCUGCCCGUGAGGAAGAAAGAAGGAGGAGGACAGAUAGGGAGGAGAUCAGAAGAAGACUUGCUAUGGGACCAGAGGAUGACUAUUAUUCUGAUCGACCAGGGAGAAAGCCUAGUCUCCAAGCACGAUUGCAAAGUGGUAUGAAUCUGCAGAUUUGUUUUAUGAAUGAAGCUUUGUCUGACACAGAAAGUCCUAGCUCUGAUUCAGAAUGUCCUCUAACUAAUCCAAAGCAGCCUAAAGCUCAGAAUAAAAAUGUUAAAGAAGAAAAGACAACAGUACCCCCACAAAGGCCAGCUACUCUUUCUAUUGGGGAGCCAUUACAUCAAGCACAUCAUGAACCUACAUGUGAAAAUGAUUUCUUCACCAAACAAGCUAGAUUACAGACUGAAGCCAGAAUGGCACUUGCUCAAGCCAAAGAAAUGGCCAGGAUGCAGAUGGAGAUCGAAAAACAGAGACAGAAAAAAAGCCCCAUAACUGAAAUGGUAAGGCAUAGCUUGGAAAAAGUAGGCAUUCCAUUUCCAGAGGAUAAAAGGAGAUUAUCUCGACAAAUUCUGACAGAAAUGAAUGUAGCUCAGCUACAGGUUAUCGUGAAUGAUCUGCAUACCCAAAUCGAAACACUCAAUGAGAAUUUGGUUAAAUUCUUGAUGCAUCGGGAUGACUUACACAUGGAACAAGAUUCAAUGCUUGUGGACAUUGAAGAUUUAACCAGAUACUUGAGUGCCAAAGAACAAAUAUUGAAAGAUCAAACUGGACCUGCAUCGAAUAAUAAUGCGACCCCGCCCUCUCCAGCUCCAUCUUCCCCCUUAACUGUUUUAAAUAACAGUGUUAAGCCACAUUUACACAGGAUAGCCAGUUUAGUCAAGAAAUAACUGAAUUCUCAGUGUCACUGUAUCUGUACAUAAAAAUUCUUUUGAGUUAUUGGCUGAUGUGGAAAGUAAGUAAAAUUGUAGGCUCUAUAAUCGUUAUUUAGUCUGAAAAAUCGCAACCCUACAGGUGAUUCGAAUAUUAUACGUAAACUUAUGUGUAAAAUAGGAACCAAAAAUUAUGACUAGUGUGUAGGAUUUCUAUUUUAAUAUGUAUUGUAAUUGUUCCUUAUUUUCUCUUGCCUUGAAAAAAUGCGAAUUAUCCGAGUAUGUCCUGAAAAACCACUUUAAGUUUAUUCCUUGUCUGAUGAAUUGUGUGUUCAGGUUUUCUAUGUGGAUUUUCAGCUACCUACUUCUCAUCAAAAUCUUGAGAAAAAAUUUCCAUGAUUUUAUCCAUAAGAAACAACAGUAUUUAAUAGCUCUCUUUUCGGUAAUGGUUCUUCAAAGAAUUGUUCCUAAAUUUUGAGGAUGAAAGAAUCAAGCAUUUUCUCUUUAAUGGAGUUUAAUGUUGGGCAUGUAAUGUGCGUGUGAUGAUGCGUGAUAUUUUUUUUCAACAUAUCCUUGUAUGUAUAUCAUUUUCUCAUAAUGGGUAGUGAAUAAUUUGUACAUAGUUUUUGAAAAUAAUUGUGAUGCUUGCAAAUGUUUGUGUUCCUUUUCCCUUUUCGAUAUUUAAUGUCUGAUAGAAUAAAGAGUGACAAUAAAUAUGGCCACUUUUCAGAGAAAUUUAUGGAUAAUAGAAAAGAGUAGCCCCUUUGCAACUGGAAUCAUAAUAGCUGGUUUCCAGUUAGGUACUGUAUACUCCGGGGCUUGGAGAGCACUGUCAUCAGUGAAAAUUCUAGGUUAUUUUGGGGCAAGCAGAUUUUUAACCUCUAAGAAAAGCGUUGCCUCCCCCACGUAACCAAUAGAAACCAGCGAUUUUCGUUUAAGAGUGCCCUAUAUGACAAGUUUGACGUUUCGUAACUGUCAGUGCGUCAAGCCCCGGAAAUUCGUUGGUUGCUUCAGAGGAAAACGGCCAGGGAGCGGUCUAAAUUGGCUCCUGGGGGAAAGCCCUUUAUUGCAAAGCUUGCAUUUCAAAAUCAUCCUGCUACCCAUGAAUUUUCUAUCAAAAUUUUGACUUCCUAUCUCUUUUAAAUGGAGACAGAUGUAAUUAACAUUCAAAGACAUUUUUUGAUUAACAUUUUUUUUAAAUUGGAAAUCAAAGUGAAAAAUUUUCAAGGCGUCCAUGUUGUUUCCCAGUAAAUGAUAUUUCGGAGAGAAGUUAUUCAGGAUCUUUUACGAUUUCUUUGAAGUUUGGCCUAUUUUCAAUAUCAAAUAAAUGGAAUAAAAGAUACUCAAAUGGUCUACUUGCCAGAGUUUGCUACUGUUUUUCAACUUCAGACUCAAUAUUGUAUAGAGAACUUCAUGUCUCUAGAACAAAAAUAAAACUCAAUUAAAAGCAUGCAAAAGGAUUAUGAUGAGUUUGUCGCUCAGAUAGCAUCGCCUAGUUUUAGCUAAUAAUCAUAUCUCUAAUUAGUUCUAUACGUUUUCAUCUGUACUUGACAGAUUUUUUGGCUAUUUUGAUUGAUUGGUCGCUUAUCACUUUUAAUAUCUAUCAUCUCUGAUACAGAAUUCUACACUUUCUUGGAAGGAAUUAAAAUAUUACAAAGGUGUACACCAAAGAAAGUUUCUAAUAGAAAUAACUGAUAUUCGAACUGAAAAAAAAUUACAAAUCCUAAUUUACUUUCCAGUGAUGUACAUUUGUUCACUUCAUCAUAUGGUCUACACCAGAAUAUGGAAAAUUGAAUUGUAUAUUUGAUUGAUGAAUCAAAAUAGCUUAAAAUCUGUUGGUUGUAUAUUCCCAAAGGCAUUCACUGGUAGACACCAAUUUGUAUUAUAAUGACUGAAGCUUUUACUGUAAAUAAAACGUAAUUUUAAAAGUGAUGUAUGAACUCUGAAUAUCUUGGCUUAAGAGUUGAUAUGUUAGUGAAAUGUUUGAGAUAUAUACACUAUUUUGGUCUAUUUGAAGAAUUAGAUGACUUUUUGCCAUGUGUAGAAUCUUAGAUUAUAUUCUGAAUCAGCUUAUUUUUGGUAACAUAGAAAUUGAUGGUACUUAAUCGUGAUGUGACAUAUUCUUCUUGAGUUCCCUGUCCAUUGAUGUAAGCCGUUUGAAAAAACUCAAUGCUCAUUUCUUUGAAAUAAUGAAAAAUAUGCUCAAAAGUUUAUAUCAGUGCAGCUGACGAAUACAAAAGUCAUUGAAUAGGAAUAUGCUACAAAAUCCAGCCGAGAAGUUAUCAAAAUAAUAAAAAUAAAAUUUUCUGAAUUCCAUCUUGGAAUGAACUAUCUCGAAUUUUCCUUGAUAUUGUUCAUAAGUCUAAUGAUCUGAUGAAGUUUCCUCAAAUUUUAGUUUUGAAAAAUAUGAUUUUAAAAUUUGAACUUUCUGAAUGUUAGGGAUUCGGAUCGCUUUCUAUUACGUAACCAAUUUUGUUGUAUUUUGUGCCAUAAGGUUCUUGAUUUACACUAACAUAUUCUUUAUAUUAUUUAUUUUGAAGAAGACUGCACUUGUAUCCAAAGAUGUUAUUCCAAAUAUACUAAACUUCCUCGAAAUAAAACAAAUUAGUCCACUAUAAAAUGUAAUUUAUUAAAACAAACAAUUCAUCACCUUAGAUUAUACAGAGCUUGAAUAAAUUAUGAAAUGAA